UAAAUUAAUUACACUCACACUGUCGUGGCGCCGCAAUCACUGAAGCAAAUGCCCGCGGAAAGACCGGAAAUGCGUCAAACCGGAAGAGUCUGAAUAUCGACGGCGGCAGAAAGAGCGCUGAGGUUAUCUACUGAGAGAAGAGUCAUGCCAAGGACGCGAGUUACCAGACGAACCAAUAAGAGCAGAAGCCCCCCAGAUGAUGGGCCGGUUCAGUUGGAUAAUGAAGUUGUAGAGAUUCAACAGAAAGCCACUGCUCCAACCAUGGAUAAGUUCCGGGAGGAUUUUAAAUUAUUGAAAGAGGAAAACAGGCUUCUGAAAGAGGAGAACCGGCUUCUAAGAGAAGAACGGGAUUUCCUUAGGGAGAAAGCUUGCAACCUAGUAAAGACUGGACCCUCAACAACUUCAAAAGGGUCUCACAAAAAGAGGGUUAUGGAUUCUUCAGACUCUUCAACAUCUGACUCUGAGUCGGACUCCUCUUCUGAAAGAGGGAACAGGAAGAGAAAGCAGAAGAAGAAGAAGAAGAAAACCCACACAGCAUUUGGAAAACGAGUUCAGAGUCCAGAGGACUUAAAAGAGUUUAGACGCACCAGGAGCGUGAGCCUCAGCUGCAGAACACUGGAUGUGGACCGGAACACGAUCGCGUUGACUGCUAUCAUUGCUGAAAUUGUGAUUGCUGCAGAAGGCGAAAACUUCGGCCCGCUGCCAGUGUUCAAGGAGGACACUGUAGGCAAUUAUGCAAAAACCUGCAAGGCCUUCUUAGAGGGCAACAAACCUCUUGGGGAAAAAAUAAACAAAAUGAAACAAGAUUCGGAGCUGCUCCCCAUUAAAUAUAAAUUUAGAAAGUGAGAGGCCACACUGCUGUCCUUAUUGUUAAUGCCCACUUUUGCACUUUGUUCGGGUUCUGUUUGUUUGAACCCAGUUUCUACUAAGGGUUGUUAAUACGAUUUAAGUUUGUAAAUAUCUCUUUAUUUAAAUUCUUUUUGAUACCAUGUAAAAGGUACCUUCUUUUUACAGUAUAUUUUCAGCCUUCUUAAUGAGUAAAUACUGUUGUUCUACAUAGUAAUUGUAGCUGCCGAAAAAGUGGAGGAAAAUCUAUGACAGAUUAUAGGGUAAGAGUCUGGUAAUACCAUGGAAAUAAACAAGGCUUCCUUUUACAGUACAGUUGCACUUUACUUACUGAGAAUGUUUUAGUUAAGUUUCAGAACACACAUGGUAAAAGUUUGUGAUUUCAUAAAUGUAUAAACAGUAGCAAAAGAUGUGGUAAGAGUCUGGUAAUACCAUGGAAAUAAACAAGGCUUCCUUUUACAGUACAGUUGCACUUUACUUACUGAGUAAAUUGUAAAAACAUCUUCAAGAACAUACCCAGUAUGUGCCAUGACACUAGGAGAAACUGUUCCUGCGGGGUAGUUACCAGGUAAGUGUAAGGUAAAUAAUGUGAUAAACCCUCUAUUAAUGGGUGUAUCCAUGAAGAACAACUAUGUAAGACAUGGUAAUUUAUUGGAAACUACAUCUUAAUUUCAAGAUAGUAAUAAAUAAACAUGGGCUGUUACCAACAUAACCCUUGGAUAACUACAAACCUAACUUGAAUUGAUGGGUAAUACUGGAGGUGUUUCUAAAAAUUGGUUGCCUACAUUUUGAGGAAGUACACAAUUAAAUCUGAGUUAUUACCAACCUAAACAGGUAAUAAGUACACAGUACUUUGUUGAGUUGAUAUUUAAUAGUGGUGUUUAUUCCCUUAUA